CCCCGCAUCCCGUACCCCGCACCCGCCGCCGGUGCCAGUCUGCCAAGCUGCUGCCUCUCCUCUCCUCGCUCCUGCUCCGCACGCCGGCAACGCCUGCCCACGCGCUGCGCAGCCCGCACCGCUCUGCCGCCGCCAUGGCCUCGUCCGCUGCCGCUGCCGCUGCCGCCGUGGCCGGCGCGCCGCCAGCCGAGCUCGCCGCAGCCCGCCGCUUCCUGCAGUACGUCGACGCCUCGCCCACGCCCUUCCACGCCACCGCCACGACGGCGGCGGCGCUCGAGGCGGCCGGCUUCGAGCGCCUGCAGGAGCAGCAGCUGUGGGACGGCAAGGUGCGCAAGGGCGGCAAGUACUUCUUCACGCGCAACCAGUCGGCCAUCGUGGCGUUUGCCGUGGGGCACAACUUCGUGCCCGGCAACGGCGUGCACAUCGUCGGCGCGCACACGGACUCGCCCAACUUCCAGAUCAAGCCCGUCAGCAAGAAGACGAAGGAGAACUUCCUGCAGUGCGGCGUCGAGACGUACGGCGGCGGCAUCUGGGCCAGCUGGUUCGACCGCGACCUCUCGCUCGCGGGCCGUGUCAUCGUGUCCGACAGCACGAAGCACGAGAGCUUCACGGCGCGCCUCGUGCACAUCAAGCGUCCGAUCCUGCGCAUCCCCACGCUCGCCAUCCACCUCGACCGCACGGUCAACGACGCGUUCAAGUUCAACGCCGAGACCAACACGCUGCCCAUCCUCGGCCUGGCGUCGUCGGCGCUCAACGCGCCGGCAGCGCCCGAUGUGGGCGAGCAGGCCGUCUCGACGCCGGCGAUGACGGAGAAGCACCACUCGGUGCUCCUCGAUCUGCUCGCCGCCGAGCUGCAGGUCUCCGUGUCGCAGAUCCAGGACUUUGAGCUCAGCCUGUACGACACGCAGCCGGCGUCCAUCGGCGGCAUCAACUACGAGUUCAUCAACUCGCCGCGUCUGGACAACCAGAUGUCGUGCUUCUGCGCGACCGAGGCGCUUAUUAAGAGCGUGGCAGACGAGAAGAGCCUGCAGGGCUCGGGCGCUAUCCGCGCAAUCGCACUCUUCGACAACGAGGAGGUGGGCAGCGUCUCGAGCCACGGCGCCGAGUCGAACAUGCUCGCUGCGCUCAUCCGGCGACUGGCAUCGAUGCGCAUCGCAGGCAUCGAGCUCAGCGACAACGAGCACCAGCACGCCACGGCCUUUGAGCGCAGCAUCGCCCGCUCGUUCCUGCUGAGCUCCGACAUGGCGCACGGCUUCCACCCCAACUACGCCUCGUACUACGAGGAGAACCACCGCCCGCUGCUCAACGGCGGCCCGGUGAUCAAGACGAACGUCAAGCAGCGCUACGCCUCGACGGGCCCGACGACGUUCCUGGUGCGGCGCAUCGCCAAGCUCGCCAACGUCCCGCUGCAGUCGUUCGUCGUCAAGAACGACAUGCCGUGCGGCAGCACCAUCGGCCCGAUGCUCAGCAAGCUCGGCAUCCGCACCGUCGACCUCGGCAACCCGCAGCUGAGCAUGCACAGCAUCCGCGAGACGUGCGGCACGCGCGACGUCGACUACAAGAUCAAGCUCUUCGAGACGUUCUUCGAGCGCUUCGAGGCGGUGGACCGCGAGCUGACGGUGGACUGAGGAGAGCAAUACAGCGCAUGUUGGCGGCGCCCUCGUGUGUGCAGCUUUCCGGUCCUGAGUGAUGCAUGGGGUGGGCGGCUGUGGGGAGCGGCGAGCCGUGCGUAGCUCGCGGCCGUGCACGCGUGGAGCGGCGGCAUGCGGCGGCUGAGGG